CAGCACGAUUAAGUAGGUACCUACCUACAUCGUCCAAUUAGUUUAUCAUUUGAUAAUCCACAUUAUCUUUGAUAAAAUAUUAGAUCGCUGUAAACGGGGGAAUAUAAUAUCAGUGUCCAUAAUUCAAUAUGGCGGUAACACGUCGUAAUUAUAUUUUUGGUGCGUUUAUUUCUAGCGUUUUGUGCGUUAUUUUGACUAUUGUGGCCAUUUCUAGUGACAGUUGGAUAGUUUCAACUGCGUCCGCCGCGAAUCAAGAGCAAGACAGCACCGUUCGGUAUGGCAUGUUUAGAGGAGAGUUCGCUUUGUAUAUCUUCGCUACUCCCUCUUACAAUACUUUAUACAUGACAUGUAUACCAGAUUUGAACGCAUGCGCAGUCAGUUGUAAGACAGAAGCUCUGGCGAGAGAAGAAGAGGUCCGGGCUUUAGCUUCAGGCUACAGGACCAACCAAGCUUGUAUUGCAGUUACGACGGUUGACACAACGAACCCAUUAGAAGUGCCACCAGUGAUAUCGUUCGGCGUAUACGUGGCCACUCUCUUGCUACUGUUCCUGAAGCUACUGUUGGCCGUGUUGGCGGCUUCGUUGGCCAUACUCAACGCCACGAGGAAUCCUACUGAACCUGUUUUUGGAUUACCUGGUUGUCUGUGGACUAAUGUAGCGACUACCAUAGUGGGCCUAACUGUGAUGCUGAUGUUCGGAAUAUACUGGGCAACUUCUACUCUACAGGACCACCUGGCAUUUUCCUUUAUAGCAUUGGGGGGUUUGACCCCAUCGCCUGGCCUGGGUUACUCUUAUUGGUUACUCAUAGGUGCAAUUUUAUGUUCAGCGAUGAAUGUGGUGCUAAUAGAGUUGAGAAAGUACUUGCUCGAACGAGACCCGCCACCACCUACCAUCAAAUUGGAAAACCACUCCGAUGGCUCUAUAUUUCUCUACUAAAAUUAGAAAAUGGCGUCGAUUGUACUGCUUUAUCUAAACAUAAUUUACAUGAAUUCUUUUUAUCAUAGUUGUAAAAUGAGUAGCCCAAUAUGAAGUUGCAACAUGGUGGUUGUGAGGAUUAAAUACACACUUUAGUCUGGCUGAGAUCUGUUUUUGAUGUUCAAGAUUCUUAUAAGGUUUGCCAGAACCAUUGAUACAUAAAGUCAAAGUCAAAGUCAUUUAUUCAAGUUGGGUACUCUUGUACACUUUCUGAUUGUCAAACAAUGAUGUAGUAGUUAUAUUAAUUACCGUACGUACAAUACAAUUAAGUACCUAUUAUUAUUUAAAAGAAAACCAUCUUCCAAAGUUUUAACAACAUUCUUUGUAUGGCAGCAUUAGUAUAUUUGUAUUAUUUUGUAUAUUAAUAUUUAUUUAUACCUAAGGUAUUAUUAGGCU